ACAUUCGGUUUUUGCUGCAGUCGCAACUAUUGAUUGUGACUCUUUGAUCAGAAAUAAGAUCUCAUAAGUAUUUUCGGGCCAACUAAGGCUUAUAAUAUAAAUUUUGUUUUUUGGUAAAUUUUGUUGUGAUUUCGUCUAGCAAUAAACCAAAAAAAAGUAUGUCCUUAUCAACAUUGUACAAAAAAGCUCUCGUCAAAUAUCCGGUGUUGGUGCAAUCAGUUCAAUCGGGAAUCCUCAUGGGAUCAGGCGAUGUGAUAGCGCAAACGCUGGUUGAAAGGCGAAAACUUACCGAUAUUGAAGGAAUGCGAGCGUUUCGAUUUUUCGGCAUCGGUUUCUGCAUUGGGGGCCCGGGGCUACGUAAAUGGUACGGAGUGUUGGAUAAGCACGUAACAGGAAGCAGCAAAACAGUUGCUACCUUCAAAAAGGUAGCUCUCGAUCAGUUAGUGUUUGCUCCAAUAUUCCUUGGCACGCUUAUCGGUACCAUUGGGUUUCUGCAAGGGAACAACAAAACUGAAAUUGAAAGUAAAUUAAGGAAUGAAUAUAAAGACAUUCUGCUGACAAACUACUAUAUCUGGCCCUGGGUACAGCUGACAAACUUUUACCUGGUACCUUUAAAUUAUCAGGUUCUGGUGGUUCAGUUUGUCGCAGUAUUUUGGAAUACUUAUCUCUCGUGGAAAACUAAUUGCACCGAAUCGAACAAUAAGCCGAUCACCGUUAAGAAUAUUGAAGAUGUUUCGGAUGAGUCGCCCUUGUGAAAAUCGUCUAGGUAAUUGUGUGUAGACGAUGCAUAUACAUAUUUAGGUUUGUUGACUUUCACGCGUUAGAAAAUGUGAUACAACUUAAAGAGUAGCACGCGCGGGGUAACAUUAACAUGAACAAGCUUCAACCAGAGUAACAUGGCAUUGACAUGUUUGUUUUAAGUAAUAGUUUAACACAAUAUUUCAAAAGAUUGUAAACCAUAGUGCAUGCGAAAAGUUAAGGAAUAAAAUACAGUUGCCAUAUUGA